CUAAUGCACUUGUGGUGUAAGAGUACAUGUGUUCAAAGUUGGCAAGUGUACAGGUAUGCUCCAGCCAGUGCAAACCUGUCUUCUGGUAUAUACAUUAUACUAAUUGAAGGACUGCCCUUUGACGUGGGCUUACUCAAUUGCUGGUCUGCACUACAGUGGGUGUGAAUGUCCAGUUAUAAUUAGGCUUUGCAUCUUGCCUGAACAAGUUUUUUUAAAAUUUUAUAUACUCCUCAAUAGAAAAGAGGUGGAGCUGAGAGUAAAUUGCGACCUAUGGGGUAUACUUACAUAAUGAACGCCGGUGGAGUUGUUGUCUACAAGUUGUAUAGGAUGAAACAAUCAAUCAUAGGUAUAUAUAGAGAUGAAGUAAGCUACUAAACUAAACAAAAAGCGAAACAAAUACAGUCUUCUGCCACAGUAGUCAUUGGCCGCCACAGGCUGGCAAAACCACCACCAGAUCAAUUUUUGUGUCGUUAUGCGCUUCAUUUCUUUAUCUACUCUCUGGUCAUAGUCUUGGGCUAUAUUUGGCAACCCACCUUUGCCAGAACCUUGUUCUACCACACAACCUUCGUGUAGCACUAUAUUCUUCUUCCGGUACAAAACCUUCCUCACUACACAAAAAUCACUAAAAAAAUCUCACAUCAUUAUUGUCUCUGUUGUUCCACACAUUACACUGUAUCACUCACACUGUGCAGUUGACCUCAAUGACGACGAAGCUAGGAACAAGGAGUUCAGAAGAGCUACUCCGGUCUGCCACGUCAAGUUCAUACUGCCCACCGGAUACACACUCAGUUUUGGGCAGGAACUAACAUUGCCAUGUAGCGAGGGAAGCCAAAGCUGCACGGUGGCCAGGAAUGAUGGCGCCACACUAAAUGUCGUUGGGUUGAAGGACGAUUCCACCGAGCGUUUCACUUUCAACAUCACCUUUGACCCCAACCGGAAGAUAGGGUGCAGCAAUUACCUCCCCAACAUGAAGUUUGUUCGAGGCACGGGCUCGAUGCCAAUCCUCUGCGACCCUGUAUUCUCCUGCAACUACUCCUCCAACGACUCUGCAACCAGUGUGGACAGCAGUAGUGUUAGAUGGUGGAGGUUUGCCAACGCCUCUGACCUCCAAACCUUCCUAAAUUCAAGCUCGGCGGAGAAGUCGGGUCUUCAAAUUGUGGAUGCUAAUAACACCGAACCUCUGCGAGAGGCAAACAACACGCUGUUUGUCAGCCUUGGAGCUGGUGUAUUUGACGUGUUGGGUUACUUUGCGACCACCUUUGACCUCGACGGAGAGGAACUCGUGAAUGGAGACACCUUCAUAAUCUACUUAAAUCCUGAAGGUGGCCAGUCGCCGGGUGAUCAAGAACUCAUAUUCGGAGAAAGAGAAACAAGAAACUUUGACAAGAUAUUCUGCAGUUUCACUUCGUUUCCCUACUCCACCGUGCGGUGGGAAGGCCCCGGGAGCAACUUCACCACACAAGACACAGGUACAGCCCUGGUGCUGGAAGAGGUGGAGGGUGAUGAGCGGAUGUCAGACCUCACUCUGGAGGGUCGACUGGUGAUCACGGAGGUCCAGUACGAGGAUGGAGUGGAGAUAACCUGCAUUGCCACCCACAGCAUCUCCGGUGCAGAGGAGUCUAUCACUGUCAGACUUAGAGUCAGAGAUCCGCUGCGACCUUUGUGGCCAUUUCUCGGCCUCCUCGGUUCGCUCAUCAUCACCUUUCUGUUCAUAUCUGGAGGAGCUCUGGUGGACAAGAUCCGUGGGAAACAAGGCGUAGACGACGAUGAUGGUAAGGCUGUGCGUUUGCUGGUGUUUGGAGGGUCUGCAACACGGCCAGCCUGCCUUCCUGCGAGUGUAGUGUUGCAUCUACUGCAUGCUUCUUCUUCUUCUUUUUAACCUCCACGCUGGGAGAGUAGCCAUGUAUAAACCAAGGUAAAAUGCAGUACGCGCUGCUACCGCGCACGCUUUUGCUUCCUAGUAAAGAAGGCAAGUUAGAGAAUGCAUUGUAGCUUGGCUGAAAUAUGCCUCUGGUUCUUGUUAAUAAGCCUGUAAGUGGGUGCACAGCAAUGUGGCAGGUUCAAAGAUUCACUGCAGUAAACAAAUUGCUUCUGUUUGGCAUUCUGUGUCGUAGUACCUCUAAUUCUGUGUGUGUCUGUGUGAGACUGUUGGGAAGAAAGUUUCAGUUCUCUCUAUCGGCUCACUGGUACCGCUCCCUGUCCUCUCGGGGGUCUUUUCUCUUUACGAUGUUCAGUUCUGUUCCCGAUUUGGUGAAGUGUUAGUGUCUGUGUAAGGUGCUAUUUUGUCUACGAGCCUCUGUGUAAUGCUUCUGCGCUUUUCGGCGCCCGUAUUGCUCUUUG